GCAGCCUCUCCAUCAGCCUCCGCUAUAUGAGCGCUAGCACGGCGCAAACCAUGGCACCUCUGCGCCCUGAAGCACCUGUGUCCGCCGUCGCGCACCUCUGCGUCUUUCUGUUGACCGUCUCGGCCUGGAUGGCACUGCCGGGACCCGCGCGCUGUGACAGCGGGGUUUUAAACUGGAGCGGCGGGGAGGACCGUAUGUUUGACAUGGGCGGAGGAGACGCAGGCUCCCGGCCGGGCUUACCGACGGACGCUGGCGGAGAAGCAGGCGGCGCGGAGAGUUCGCCCCGCUUUAGGAGAGCCCUAUCCCGGGACAAAGUGUCUCUGCUCAGCAGCUCGUUCGUGCUUAAGGGGGAUGCCACCCACAACCAGGCGAUGGUCCACUGGACAGGGGAGAACAGCAGCGUCAUCCUGAUCCUGACCAAGUACUACCAUGCUGAUUCCACCAAGGUGCUGGAGAGCUCCCUGUGGAGGUCCACUGACUAUGGCACCACCUACACCAAACUCAACCUGAUGCCAGGGACAACCAUUGUGGUGACCAGCUUCUACAUCUGCCCCACCAACAAGAAGAAGGUGGUGCUGGUGAGUUCGUCCAUAAAUGAGCGAGAUCAGAUGCUGUUCAUCAGCACCGACGAGGGCUCAUCCUUCCAGCGGCAGCCCAUCUCCUUUACCCCCGACACACUGAUCUUCCACCCCAAGGAAGAGGACAAGCUCCUGGCAUACUGCAAGGAGGGCAGGCUCUUUGUUUCCACCGACCUGGGACGCAAAUGGACUUUGCUUCAGGAGCGAGUGACCAAGGACAGAGUCUUCUGGUCUGUGUCUGGUGUGGAUGUGGACCCUGACCUGGUGCACAUGGAGAUGCAGGAUACCAGUGGAGGCUACCUGUAUGUCACCUGCCUCAUCCAGAACUGUUCAGACAAAAUGGUCACAGCUCAGUUCCUGGGUAAGAUCGACCACAACUCAUUGUCGGUGCAGGAUGACUACAUUUUUGUCAAGGUCACCACAGGGAAUCGCACCAAGCACUACGUGUCCUAUCGACGCAAUGAGUUUGUCCAAAUGAGGUUCCCCAAGUACGCCCUGCCAAAGGAUGUUCAGAUAGUGAGUACAGAUGAGAACCAGGUCUUCCUAGCCCUCCAGGAAUGGUACCAGUCAGAUACAUACAACCUGUACCAGUCUGACCCCCAAGGCAUCUACUACUCCAUCGUCCUGGAAAACGUUCGCAGUACCAAGCAGCCUGAAGAGAACGUCCUCAUCGACAUCCUGGAGGUGCGUGGGAUCAAAGGUGUCUUCUUAGCCAAUCAGAAGAUCGACAGCAAAGUGACAACCCUGAUCACCUAUAACAAAGGAAGAGAUUGGGAGCCCUUGGCCCCUCCUACCACUGAUAUGAACGGCAAACCAGUCAGCUGCAAAGUGCCGGACUGUCACCUUCACCUCCACUUGCGCUGGGCAGACAACCCCUACGUUUCUGGAACAGUCCAUACCAAAGACUCUGCCCCGGGUCUCAUCAUGGGAGCUGGUAACCUUGGCUCCCAGCUAGUAGAGUAUAAGGAAGAGAUGUAUAUCACUUCAGAUUGUGGGAAGACCUGGAGACAGGUGUUUGAGGAGGAACACCACAUCCUGUACCUGGACCAUGGCGGGGUCAUUGUUGCCAUCAAGGAUACAUCAAUCCCCCUCAAGAUCCUCAAAUUUAGUACCGACGAAGGACAGACAUGGACCAUACACAACUUCACCAGCACUUCUGUAUUUGUGGACGGACUCCUGAGUGAGCCUGGAGAUGAGACUCUGGUUAUGACUGUGUUUGGCCACAUCAGCUACAGGUCUGACUGGGAGCUGGUUAAAGUUGACUUCAGACAGUCUUUCCCCCGCCAGUGCACUGAGUCUGACUAUGACUCCUGGAAACUCACAGACCUGCAGGGAGAGAAGUGCAUUAUGGGCCAGGAGCGGAGUUUCAGGAAGAGGAAGGACAUGGCAUUCUGUAUAAAAGGGAAGAGUUACACCUCUGCCAUCACAGCCAAGCCCUGUCAGUGCACUGAGAAAGACUUCAACUGUGACUAUGGUUUUGAGCGUUCCCAGACUCUGAAGACAGAGGGCGAUCGUUGUUUUGCUGACUUCUGGCAUGAUCCGGACUCCCCGCCUGAAGACUGCCACCAAGGGCAAACCUACGAGUCCAGCACCGGGUACAGGAAAGUGGUGUCGAACGAGUGUGAAGGAGGGGUGAACAAACAACAGAGUGCCAAGCAGCACACCUGCCCUCUGUUGCCCCCCAGAGGCCUUCAGGUUGGCAUCAAGGGACAGAUGUUGGCUGUGGAGCCUGGUGAUGACAUCACAUUCAUCGUCCACCAGGAGCAGGGUGACACCAGCAGCACAAAGUACCAGGUGGACCUUGGAGACGGGGUUCGGGCCAUCUACCAGAACCUGACAGUGACUGAUGAACCCAUUCAGCAUCGCUAUGAAAAUCCAGGCAUUUACAAGGUCACAGUGAAGGCUGAGAACAUGGCAGGGCACGAUGAGGCCACCAUGUACAUACAGGUCACAGCUUCUCUACAGGAAGUGCACUUGGAAGCAGUUCCUAUCGCUGGGAGAAAUCAGGAGGUCAAUCUGACUGCCAUUGUUCUUCCCUCUGAGGCCAACUUGACCAUUUUCUACUGGUGGAUAGGAGACAACGUGCAGCCCAAACUGACCCUGCAAAACAGCCUCCUGACUCAUUUCUCAGAGGCAGGAGAAGUUUCAGUCACUGUCCAGGCUUCCAAUGGACGAUCCAUGGUUCAAGACAGCAAGACCAUUCAAGUCUAUGAUAAUUUCCAGGUCAUACCGCUGAGCUUCAGCAGGAACCUGGACCGCUUCAACCCCAAUAUCCCAGAGUGGAGAGAGGACAUCGGGCAGGUGGUCACAAAAAUACUGGCAAAGAUAACUGGGAUCCCCAAGGACUUCAUGGUUACCAUGGUGAAGCCAGGCCUCCCCACCAUGGCUGACCUGUAUGUUCUCCCACUGGAGAGCAAACCAGCCAAGAGGAGUGUGUUCGUGGAUAAGCGCAUUCCAGCCAUCAUGCAGGCCUUCAAUGACAACAACGUCAGCUUUGUGGUACGAGGAGGUCUGCAAGUGCUGGUGGCACUGGCUGACCCAAACGCAGGCUACCAUGGCAGUGCUGGAGGUCCAGGUGUUUGGGCUUUGGCUGUCAUUUUACUAAUCACUAUCCUUGCCACCGGAUCUUUCAUCCUUUACAAGUUCAAAAGGAAGCUGCCAGGCAGCCGCAACGUCUACGCCCAGAUGCACAACGAGAAGGAGCAGGAGAUGACGAGCCCAGUCAACCACAGCGAGGACACACAGCACAUCAUCCAGGGCGAGGAGUUCAUUGAUGAUGACCUGGACUCGCAGACUCUAGGUAACGCAGGAGGCAACCAUUCGGGCGUGGUCCUAAGCAUCAACUCCAGAGAGCUACACAGUUACCUGACUAGCUGAUGGCUGCCACUGCAAUGCUAAUGAGCUAGCCUAGACUAGCUUAGCCUAGCCUAACCGGCUAACGAGCACAGGGACUCCACUCUGCCUUCCUUCCUCCCCCCUCCUCCUCUUCCUCCUCUUCCUCUCUGCUGCGACGCCAUGUGUCCCAAGGAGGAGAGGGGCCACCUCCUUCUAUCUCCUCUUCCCUGAACUCUCAACCUCCGUUUCACUUUGUCCUCCUCCACCUCCAGCUCUGGUGUGCUUUUUCUUGUUUUGUGACGGGGGAAUGGACACUCUGCUUGUGUACUACAUGAUAUUCAUUGUUGCUAUCACCCACCUCUGUGCAUUCCCACACACACACCCUAUUCCCUCUCCCGCACAUCCACACACAUGCCCACACACACACGGAGACCUGGGCAGACAUCCAGUGAGGACUGAGGUGCUGACAGGAUCACCUCAAAAUCACUCACUAGUCUUUUUUUUUUUUUUUUUUCAAUAAACUGAUUACUUUGUCGUUCACAAAUCCUCACACGCACAUGUACACAUCCACCCAGUGUCACUCCGAAUAAAAUUUUCCACAUCAUAUGUUUGCCACCAGAGACUGGAGAUAUGGAUUUUUUUUUUAUUAUUAUUAUUUUAUAACCAAAAGUCCAAGCUGUGAGUGGCCAAAGACCACAGUGCUAAGGCUUGUGUGCAUUAAAGGACCAUACCAGUGAUUUUGAAUGUUUGUCCUGUUUACUAGUUUACCGACAUUUUACUUGCAACAAGCCAUUUUGCAAAUCAUAUGAGGCUACUGAAGAUUUCUCAACAUAGAAUCAAAAUUCCUUGAUUUUCAAAUUUGAAUUUUUGGUUGAAACAUCCACCUCAUAAUUUUAUAAUCUUAUAAAUUUAUAAGUUUGUGUAAAGCAACUUUUCCCUGUGGACUAUUUUCUAGCUGAGAGACUGUUUCACGCUGCUCACUUUCAAGUCAAAAAAAAAGAAAAAAAAAACACUGCUGCUGCUUUUAGGUAGACGAAUGUGGACGACUUUAUUAUGGUGAUAGAAUACUGGUGUGAAGAAAGUUUUACGUUUGUGAAAAUUCAUAUUCAUAUUGUCAUGGAAUGAGUGGAAGAAAUUAUAUUGGAGGUCUAAAACACAACUCCUUGCUUUGGGAAAAGACUAACAGAAACGUUAAGUUUAUACGUUUUGUAGAUAAUACACUAAACAUGCAAAAUCACUGGGAUGUUCCUUUAAGGCAGCAGUGUCAGCCAGAAGUACAAUGGAGGAGAAACAGUUUUCAUUCCCUUCCCCCCAUUUUAAAUUCUAUUUCAGUUUCAUAAACUCACUCUCUCCGUUUCCCAGAAUUUCUCAGAUGCUCUCACUCUUAAAAGGCAAUAAUAUUCUUACAGAGGAAAGAAGGGCCAGGUGAGCCCAGUGGAGUCUGUAGGGCAGGAGUGUCACACUGGUGCCAUGGAAGGCCAAGUGGCUGCAGAACAGUCCAACCAAAAGCUCCACCAGGAGAUUUCACUGAUUAGUCCCUGCUCUCUGCUUGAAGGUGAGGUCAUCAGUGAAAUCACCUGGUGGAGUUUUUGGUUGGGAUGAAAACCUGCAGCCUCUUGGCCCUCCAUGGCACAUGGUUUGACUCGAGUUGUCGGGCUCAUACAGAGUGGAAACAUGCUAACACAAGAGGGCGGUGUUGCACAAUUUUUUAUUUUAAUUUCAAUUUUAAUUUUAAUUUUUCAAUUUUAAAUUCCCACACACAGGUACUUGGAGAGCUGAGCUUAUGCGCUGUUUGGAAAAUGCAUUAACAACAAGUCUUUCAGGAUUCACAAUGACCCUGAGAUCCUUCACUUUUUCUUUGUAUUUUUGUGUUGUUGAAAAAUGACACAUUUACAGUAGUUUGGUGUGUGACUUUUAAAAUCAGCGUGUCCCCGCCAUCUUCAUAGGAGUUCACUGUCGGUCCCAUGGUGCCUAAAACAGCAGAUUGGAAUCUGCUCAGUGACAUUACCUGUUCUUGAGUUUAUUUAUUACUAAUAACAAUACGCCCCUUCCUCUUCCCCACACUUUUCUGGGUCAAAGCAGACUUGUUCCCCUGGAGACAAAGGUCGUUGUCACGGAGGAAAGGUGUAGUCGAUAUUUUACUGUAUAAGCCUAUAUUAGGCGUAGCAAGCGGUGGAAUCAUGUCUCCAUACAGAUUUGGUUUGUUGUAUUGUAAAUGUGUAAAUAUGAACAAUCUCCACCUUGUACAUAAUUCUUGACAUGAGUGUGAGUGUUUUACACUAAUACCAAAAUACACAGCCUUUGUUUUUUGUUGUUGUUUUUGUUUUUGUUUUGUUUUUUGUUUGUUUUUUUUUGUUUUUUUUUUUAUAUAUAUAUGGAGUGACCCUUUACUGAUUUUCCUCAGAUUGAGAAUUGCAAAUUCUUGCUGUAAGAUGACACAGUUUCCUCAUUGCUUGCUCCAACAUGUAUCAUUUUUAAAUAUUUUCAGUGUAAUCUCAUAAGCAGCCUUCUUAGGAAAGAUAAUUUUAUGGUCUUCAUUGGUAACUUGAAUGAAUUUCAUUGUCUUAUCAACAAUAUUCACAUGUACACACACUGACGAAUAAUGUAUAUGGAUAUUUUUGAUACACCUGUAUGUCAGUUUUUGUCAUUUUUCUCAGUACUUGUGAACAUUGGUCAGAGUUUUAUGCCUUUUGCUAAAGUUUUUUGUUUUGUUGACACUAAUGAUGUAAGCAAUGCUGUCUCAAAGGUUUAAUAUAUAUUGGGCAGUGAAUGAAUAAAUCUCCAAACUCUCAGCUAAACAUUUUUAGGUACUACCAAAGUCACUGAAGAGCAUCAAGAGACUAUCAAUGCCUCAACUACUGGUAAGACCGCCAUUUAGUUAAUCUAGCGAACAGCAGAUUACACUCAUCUGUUCUGAUUUACACAGUUCUCAUCUUUUGUACAUAUUCUUCUCAUGUUCAGCUUGUUCUUAGUUUGCUAGUGAUGUGUCGUCUUACUAUCAAAUGCCCUUUUAAAAAAAGGGAAAAGUGGGAAUUUCCGUAGUCCAGUAUAGUCACAAAGGACUUUCACAGCUGAUGGCACAGACCAUGUGAAUUUGACCACACUGUUCGAUCUUGGUUUUGUUUUUCCCCCUCUUUUGUCUGGUUUGUUUGUUUUAUUGAUUUUUGAAUAAAAAUGUUACAGCAUCCUCUUCAGGAAGCGUAGUGCACUUAACCUGCAUCCUGAAAUAAAUCACUCCCAUAACUGUA